AGAUCAUAUGUUGCCGAAAUGGCCCAGGCAGGAAGCAUUUCACUCUUAUAGAGUACUUCGAGGCAACUGAAAUGGAGCGCGAGUGUGGGCUCAGAUGAUGCUAUACAAGUUGUGGCCGACGAACAGCAAUUUUUUUUUCAUAUACGCAGUAUCUCAACUUACAUCUCAAAGCAAGCGAACUGGUGUUCUUAAAACCGUCAAAGGUUGCCCAGGCGGGGCGGAAGCGAGCUGUCGAAUGGUAUUCCGUCCUCCGCGCAGGUCUCAUUAUAAUCGAGGAGGCGGUCCCCCUAAGACAAACAUGGCAAUGACAUCUCGCUAUGCUGAGACAACGGCGCCUCCAUGUAGAUAAGCGACUUCUAGCGCUCUUUGACGUCUCAGCUCAUACAGGAAUUCGUAUUCUGUUCACGUUCUCUGGCUCCCAUUAGUACUGCUAAACGACUACAUGAUGCUAGAGUUAUCUGGCAUUGAGUGAAAACGUCACAAUGUUACCUCUUAACAGGCCCUUGCGGAACUUUCUUCACUAACACAAGAAAAGCAUCAAAUCAGUGCACCUUUAACGCCCCGCAGUGCGGAGGCCUUCGAGAAACUCGCCUAGUUAAAACAAGCGCGAAGGUCACCAAGGCGCCGCGUUUGCAAGGACGAUGCAAACCUUCACACCCGAUAACGCCGAUGAUGGAAAUGCUACCAGAGGUAUGCUUAUAACAACUGUUGUUGACUCAAGGUGUCUGUUAUAUAUCCUUGGGACAAGAGAUAUUUACGUAUGUGGUUGUUGUAGAGAUACCAAGUGGAUUUCGUUCGCGUCUCAUGUCGAAUACUUCUGUGAACGCUAGAAUCUGUCUUAGCAGAUCGACUGUGACCCUACUGAGCCGAGUUGUUUGCUCUUCACCUCAUUAAUUUCCUAGUAGACUAAAAAAUUUUAAUAUCAUGGACCGGCAAACAAAGAAGUCAACAAUUUUCACAGUGUAGUACUCCGGUCAGAAUGUCGUACAUCUCGUUUGACACUUCGCCAACUUACUCGCUGUUAAGAAGCAAACUUCUCUGUAUGAACUCAUGAAUGACUCAGAGUGUCCGUGUUGGUUGAACAGCGAUAUGGUCAGAAGAUCGAUUAAAUAAUAUCGUAUUUCUUGUCCUUCCUGCAACAUGUAGACUAGUGAUUGGCUGGCAAAUGCUGAUGAUUCUGGAUGCGACUUCUUUUACAUAUUCCAAUCAAAUAAUCAUAUCGCCGCUACACUCAAUUUUAAAAUUCCAAACCAUGCGAUAUGGCUGUUCACUCAGCAUGGGAUUGCGAUUGGGUCGGGCAAAUGUUGACACUACCAUAGUUUCAAAUUACACGGCACGCAUCACCAUGCACAUUUCCGAUCAUAUGGGUCACUGAGGUUGCGACUAUAUUGGUAUAUCGCUUUUUAGAGAACAUGGAUGCGGCUUCGUGGCGUCAGCACGGAGUAACUACAUGCUUAGUUGCUCACGCGUUACCUUGUCAGGUUUCAAAUAGAUGCGACAAAACGUCCGAAAUAGCACUUCACCUGCAGGCAGAGAAAUAUUACGCUCUGGCGUCUUAUGAAAUUGAGAAGAUCUGGAGACGAAGAUUUACCGGAAUUACUAUAUUAUGGUUUCUUUUUUCGUUGCUUAUCUUGGCGUUGGCUGGAGCAACCAAGUGUAUUGAAUACAUCCGAUUUCCGGGUUAUGUUCUCGCCUUCCAAAGGAUUGUGGCAGUCACAAUAUUCAUACUUCGUAUGUAUUGUCUGUACCAGCGCGACCUUCGAGCACCUUGCAUAAUAGCGUUCUUUCUUGCAAUCGAAUUCUCAGUCAAGAUUGCGGCGCUGUGCAUAUGGGCGGAAGAGGUAAUUUUACCUCUCGUUCUCUCGGGGUGUAUAUUAGCUGUAUCAUCCGAGAAUGCAAGUAAAUAUAUUUGGAUAUGGGUGACAGAGGUCUUCACAGACUUAUCUGUGCUCUGUCUGACUUUGUAUCGAUCCCACGUCGUAUAUGGCUUUGUCGGUACUUGGAUGCAUGCUCCUUUAUGGACAACAAUUGUGAAAGACGGAACUCUCUACUUUGCCAUCAUGCUUGUCGUAAAUAUGACGACUGUGAUCUUGCAUUUGACCAUGCCAAGAUCUCAAGGCAAUAAAUGCAAAUUUCGGCACAAUUGCGAUCAGCCUUCUGGUCUCCAGGCUCAUCCUGAACCUCAAGGUCACAGCGUGCAGGACUCAUGGUCGUAGUUAUGAUCAGGGUUCCACUUACUCGUCUCGCCGUAUCGCACUUGAAGAAACGAUACUUGGAAACAUUGGAAAAGAUUUGGAAGGUGCUAGCGCAGCGUCUGGGUCGGACGUUACUUUGGAAGGUCAAGAGCUGCACAAUACUACGCGAAACUGAGGCAGCUUGUCUUUUCAAUUGAAGUUUCAAUAGCUGGUCUCCCUCUUCAACGCUGGCGUGGUCGGAGGUCUAGAACUUCUUAAAA